AUGUCGGUGUCUACGUUCAUUGAUUUAAGUUCUGUCAAUCGCCUAUUAUUUGUUAAAGAAACACGAGGCGAUAUCCCUCCCGCACAAUACGACCCUACCCCUAAUACACCUUCCGAUCCGCAUGACUUGCCAAAAGAGCAGCCCAAUGUACCCAAAGAAUGUGGACCAGGCUUCUUUGGUCGUGACUGUCUUCUCACAUGCAGCAAUUGUAUGAAUGGGGGUAAAUGCAACAUUAAUGGCGAUGGAUGCAUUUGUGCACCUGGAUACCAUGGACUACUGUGCAACAACACAUGCCCCACUGGUACUUAUGGUCUUGGGUGCAACAGUUUGUGCACCUGUCAGAAUGGUGGUACGUGCAAUCCUGUCAAUGGAGAAUGCCAAUGUCCUCCUGGUAUCAAGGGAAGAAACUGUGAAGAUGGCUGUCCACCUGGUUACUAUGGCAAGUACUGCAACAAAACAUGCCCCCAGACCUGCAGUGAGGGAUACUGCAAUCGUAUGUUUGGAAACUGUGAAUGCAGACCAGGACUGUUCGGACCAUCUUGCAAUCUGAAAUGUCCCGAGUUCUCUUUUGGUCUUAACUGUGCCCAGAAAUGUCAAUGCAAUGAAGAAUUCUCAACAGGUUGUAAUCCAGAAACAGGAAAGUGUCACUGUCACCCAGGCUACUGGGGAGAGAUUUGCAGGGACAAAUGUCCUCGGAACCAGUAUGGCAAAGAAUGCAAGGGUCGUUGUAUCUGUCCAGUUGAAACAUGGUGUGACCACAUCACUGGAGAAUGUAAAAGGGAUUGUCCAGCUGGCCGCACAGGAAUGAAAUGCGAGAAAUUGUGUGAAAGGGGAAAAUAUGGUCGUAAUUGUGUCAAAAGAUGUGAGUGCGGCAACAGUGGAUGUAAUCCAGAAACUGGCGCUUGCCUUUGCCAAGCAGGACGACAUGGUAAACACUGCCUAAAAGGUAAGACAAAGAGAUUAUUUCUUCUCUAUCCUGACAAUAUAGAUAGUAAAACUGCAGUUAUCCACCUAUGCAUUUGUAGAUUAUGA